GAGGCGAGGCGGGGCGGGGUGGGGCGGAGCGGAUGUCCGCAGCUGCGCGCGUUGGGCUCUCCCUAGCAGGGCUACGGAGCCCCAAGGACGUUUAUUGAGCGUCUGCUGUGUGCGCCGAGCGGUGCUGACCCGGCGAACAGAAGUGACUGGUUGACGUCAAACGAUGGCACCCAUCCCGGAAAGGAGCGAGGACGCUCUGCUCCCGGAUUUCCCCAGGGGGCCCCUGCAGGCGUACCGCGCACGCGCGUCCUUCAGCUGGAAGGAGCUGGCGCUGUUCUUGGAAGGCGAGGACAUUCUGCGCCUUAAGAAAACCAUCUUCUCGGCCUUGGAGAACGACCCCCUCUUCGCCCAUCCCAGGGGACACGAUCUCUCCUUGGAGCAGCACCGCGAGCUGACCUUCCGGCGCUGCAAGCGGCUCUUCGAGUACGACUUCCUGUCCCCCAGCGACCUGCUGCAGAGCCCGCUCAAACUCCUGGCACUGGUGAACUGCCUGGGCAUGUACGACUGGUCCCUGGCCACCAAGGUCGCCCUGCACUCGUUUGUCUUCGUGUCAGCGAUUUACAGCUCCGGUUUGGAAAGACAUUUCAGAUACAUCCCAAAGGUCUUCAGCAUGGAGAUCUUCGGGUGCCUGGCCCUCACGGAACUCAGCCACGGGAGUAACACCAAGGCCAUCCGCACGACCGCUCACUAUGACCCCGCCACCGAGGAGUUCGUCCUCCAUUCCCCAGACUUUGAAGCCGCCAAGUUCUGGGUCGGCAACAUGGGCAAGACCGCAACCCACGCGGUGGUGUUCGCGCAGCUGUACACGCCGGGGGGCCAGUGCCACGGCCUGUACCCCUUUGUCGUGCAGAUCCGGGACCCGAAGACCCUCCUCCCCAUGCCCGGGGUGAUGGUGGGCGACAUAGGGAGGAAGCUCGGGCAGAACGGCCUGGACAACGGGUUCGCCAUGUUCCACAAGGUCAGGGUCCCUCGCCAGAACCUCCUGAACCGCACCGGGGACAUCACUCCCGAGGGCGCCUACGUCACGCGCUUUAAGGACGACAGGCAGCGCUUCGGGGCGUCCCUGGGCAGCCUGUCCACCGGCCGGGUCUGCAUCGUGGGCAUGUCCGUCACCAACCUGAAGCUGGCCGUGUGCAUAGCCCUUCGCUUUUCGGCCACCCGGCGGCAGUUCGGACCCACCGACGGGGAGGAGAUCCCGGUCCUGGAGUACCAGCUGCAGCAAUGGCGCCUGCUGCCGUACCUGGCGGCCGCCUACGCCCUGGACCACUUCUCCAAGUCGCUUUUCCUGGACCUCGUGCAGCUGCAGCAAGGCCUCCUGGGGGACGACCGCAGCGCCAGGCAGGCGGAGCUCGGACGCGAAAUCCACGCCUUGGCGUCGGCCGGGAAGCCCCUGGCCUCGUGGACCGCCCAGCGGGGGAUUCAGGAAUGCCGGGAGGCCUGCGGGGGACACGGCUACCUGGCCGUGAACCGUCUGGGUGACCUCAGAGACGACAACGACCCGAACUGCACGUACGAGGGGGACAACAACGUGCUGCUGCAGCAGACCAGCAACUACCUGCUGGGCCUGCUGGGACUCGGGGGCCCAGGUGGCGCUCGCUUCGAGAGCCCGCUGAAGAGCGUGAACUUUCUGGAAGCCUACCCCGCCAUCCUCCGCCAGAGGUUCGAGGUCGCCGGCCUGCAGGACUGCCUGGACUCCGCAGUCCCCCUGGCGGCGUACGAGUGGCUGGUGUGUUACCUGCUCCGAGAGAGCCGCGAGAAACUGAACCAGGAGAGGAAGUCCGGGAGCAGCGACUUUGAAGCCAGGAACAACUCCCAGGUCUACUGCUGCCGGUCCCUGGCCCUGGCGUUCCUGGAGCUCACCGUGCUGCGCAGGUUCCACGAGCACACGCACCAGCCCGGCGUGCCGCCCCCGCUGCGGGCCCCGCUCCGGCGCCUCAGCGCCCUCUACGGCCUGUGGUCCCUGGGCCAGCACACGGCCCUGCUCUACCGAGGCGGCUACUGUUCCGGGGAGCGAGCCGGCAAGCUGAUGGAGAGCGCGGUCCUGGAGCUGUGUGCGCAGCUGAAGGACGACGCGGUGGCCCUGGUGGACGUGCUCGCCCCUCCCGACUUCAUCCUGGACUCCCCAAUCGGCAGAGCCGACGGCGAGCUCUGUAGGAACCUCUGGGCCGCCGUCCUGCAGGGGAGCAGCGUGCUGGAGCGGGCCUCGUGGUGGCCCGAGUUCGCCCGCAAGCCCAUUGUGGGGGGUCUCAAGUCCCAGCUGUAGCCGUCCCGCCCACGUCCCGCCCACGUCCUGCGCAGUCCACAGUGAGGCGGAUGAGGACGCGGACCUCAGAUUCCGGUGCCGCAGAUCCCCGCAGCCGCCAGGUUUCUUAUCGGGAGCGCGCCUCUGCGCGUCACCGCACCGGCUGGUGGCCGGGCCCCCUUCGUCUCCCUGGGACGCGCAGCCCCGGGGUUCAAGGUGCCCUGCCGUGCGCACAGAACACCCGUGCAAUGGCACCUUCCGGAGGGAGCGUCCGCGGUCGACAACCGGAACCUGGCACUUUCUGCUUCCACGCACGGACGUGGGACGUGACUCGGGGCUUCUGGCCGGCAGCCACCUGGCAGCCGCCGGGUGCCGAGCGAGCUCAGCCUCGCCAGCGCUGGUGCCGUGGUUGGUUCUUCACCCGUGCGACCUCCCCACGGGAUCAUCUCUCCCGGAACUUUCUGGAUAGGCGCUGUGGACCGUCUGAAUGGCAUCAUUGCAGAAAUUGAAGGAAAAGAAAUCAUGUUUAUUACUUUCUUGGAUGGAACUGGAAGUUUCCAUCAAGGAAAUAUUUCCAAAUAAAAAAAAA